CCCAUCAGCAAUCAAUAGUUUUAAUUAAUCAUAUAUCUACUCUUCUUACAAUCAAUCAAUUAUGGGUUCUAGCUGGCUUUGUUUCUCCCUUAGUUUUCUUCUAGUGUUGCAUGGUACCUUUGCUCAGCAAAGAUACCAACAGCAACAAGGUCAGUGUCAGCUUAAUAGACUUAACCCUCAGGAACCAACUGUUCGCAUUCAAGCUGAAGCAGGGGUUACUGAGUUAUGGGACAAAAAUAACCAACAGUUUCAAUGUGCUGGUGUUUCACUCGUUAGACAUGUUAUCCAGUCUAGAGGCAUGCUGUUGCCUUCUUACCUUAAUACUCCUCUCCUUGCCUAUGUUGAACAAGGUAGGGGAUUUUUUGGGAUUAUGAAUUCUGGAUGCCCUGAAACUUUCCAGUCAUCACAGCAAUUUCAGCAAGGUGAAAGGGGUGCAGGAUCAAGAUUCCAAGAUCGUCAUCAGAAGAUUGGACAGUUCAAACAGGGAGACAUUAUUGCCUUCCCUGCUGGAGCUGCUCAUUGGGCUUAUAACGAAGGAAAUGAGGAGCUUGUUCUUGUUUGUUUCGAGGAUAGUGGUAACAGUGCAAACCAGCUUGAUCAAAAUUCAAGGAGAUUCUUCAUAGCUGGAAACCCGCAACAAGGAGAACAGCAACAGGGACAACAAGGAGGAGCCCGCAGCUUCCAGAAAGAGCAAUUCCAAUCUGGAAAUGUGUUCAGGGGCUUUGAAUUAGAGUUGUUGGCCGAGGCAUUCGGCGUAAGUAAGGAAACAGCAAGGAAGCUUCAGGGAGAGGAGGACCAGAGAGGCCACAUUGUGAACAUUGAUCAAGGGCUUAGAGUUGUGAGACCACCAUUCUCACAAGAACAAGAGGAGCGUGAGGAGAGACAAGAGCAAGGACAAUACGGUCCUCGUGCAAAUGGAAUUGAGGAAACCAUCUGCUCCGCUAAGCUCAGGCAGAACAUCGAUAACCCCGCUCGUGCUGAUGUCUACAAUCCUCAGGCUGGACGCUUCACCACUGUCAACAGCCUCACUCUACCCAUCCUCAGCUUCCUCCGCCUCAGCGCUGCCAGAGGAGUUCUUUACAGAAAUUCGAUCAUGGCACCACACUGGUGGACAAAUGCACACAGCGUAAUCUACGUAACAAAGGGAGAAGCAAGGAUCCAGAUAGUUGAUCACAGAGGACAAGCAGUGCUAGAUGACAGAGUAAGACAGGGGCAAGUUGUGAUAGUGCCACAGAACUUCGCCGUGGUGAAACAUGCCGAAAAUGAAAUCUUUGAGUGGGUCGUAUUCAAUACCAAUGACAAUGCCAUGAUCAACACACUCAGUGGCCGUACUUCUGCUAUUCGAGGAUUACCCGUGGAUGUGAUAGCCAAUUCUUACCAGAUUACAAGGGAAGAGGCAAGGAGGCUCAAGUUCAACAGGGAGGAAACUCUACUUUUCAGCUGUUCAGAAAAAUCUAGCCAAUAUGGGAGAGUUGCUGCUGCUUAAUUACAACGUUUUGCUUGCUUUUUUUUUCCUAUGUAAUAAGCUAAGCUAAAAGCGUACUUAAUAAAACAGAGGACCUUAUACGGUCAUCGUUCUAAUGAUGUAAUGGCAACUGUUAUGUAUAUCUAUAAGCGGCAAGUUCUUGUACCUUGGCAAAUAAAAGGAACACUACGCUUUUGCCUUUUU